AUGUAAAAUAAGGUGACUUUCAAGAUAGUAAAUACAUCAGACCCAAAUUUGGCAUUUAGAACAGUAUCGUAAAUAUAAUUCAUUAAUGUUAAUAGAGUGCCAUAAGAAGCUCCAUUUAGUGCAGUUGUCAAAUAUGUAGCUGAAGAGGUAAUAGAAUGACAUAAUUAAGAAUAGUUUAAAGUGAAUCCAGCUACAAGUGCUAUAAUAACAAAUGCAGGAACUGGAGUAUCACUUCAAUAGACAUCAGGCAAUGUGUUUUUGAAACAUGGUUCAGAAUUGAAGAUCAUUCCUAGAGAUCGUGUAGGUUAUUGUUGAU